AUGACCAUUGAUGGCACCAUCACGGCCGACCCACCAGCUAUGCUGAAAGAGACGGAGGCUGAACAUGAAGCUAGGCUGCUCGAUCAGCGAAUCCAGCAGCAACUCCUUAGGCAGGAACAGACUGAAGAAGACAAUCGUGCUCGACUGUUGGCCGAGGAAGAGCGGACAGCAGUUCUCAGGCACGAAGAAGAAAACCGUAUUCGAUUGGAAGAAGAGGCAGAGCGGCAAGCUGGCCUACUUCAAGUAGAAGAAAAUCGUGCUCGAUUGCAGGCUGAGGCGGAGCGGCAGACUGGCCUUCUUCAAGCAGAAGAAAAUCGAGCUCGAUUGCAGGCGGAGAGACCAUCAUAUGAUCGUCCAAGAGUUGUUCUUGCUAAUGAUACUGUGGCAGAACGUCCAGCAAGACAACAACACCAGGCAGGAAAGGUAUCUGUUGGCAACAGAGAAACUCCUAAAGAGCAACGAGCUCGAUUGCAAUCCCAGGCAUUACGGAUGAGAAUUCUGCGGCAAGAUGAAUCUGAAGAGGAGAGAUUAGCUAGGCUUCGAGAUCAAGCCUUGAGGCAAAAAGCUCUGGGGUACAAAGAAUCAGAAGCAGAAAAAUCAGCUAGACUUCUGGAACAGUCAUUACGGCAAAAAGCUCUACGGAACGAGGAAUUGGAAGUAAAAAAAUCAGCUAGGCUACGCAAACAGGCUCUGCGGCAAAGUUCUCUGCGCAACGAGGAAUCGACGGCAAAGAAAUUAGAUAGGUUACGCGAACAGGCUCUGCGGCAAAGUUCUCUGCGCAACGAGGAAUUGGAAGCCGAAAAAGUAGCUAGGCUGCGCGAGCAGUCUCUACGGCAAAGAUGUUAUCGAAAUGAAGAAAUUGAAGCUGAAAAGCGGGCUCGACUUCAGGAUUAUUUAGAUCAGUCAUCAUGCCAGGAAGUUGUACGUGGAAGGGAAACUGCAGAAGAAAGAAUAGAUCGCGCUAUCUCUGAUAGAUUUCGUUAUCAAGUCAAUGUGUUCGACGAAAUUGAGCAGGAAGGUCGCGUUGAUCACCCCGAGUACAUGGCUGAUUACAGAGCGACAGAGAAUAGAGAAGAAGCUGCUGCGCGGCGUGAAGAGAAUCGGUGUCGUAUGGAGUUACGGCGCGAACUUGAAGAGCAACGAGAGCGGGAAGACGAAGAAUUGCGAGCUAGGAAUGCACUUGAUCAUGGCGAAAUGGUUCCAAUUGAAAAUGAAGAAGACGAAGCUCUUCGUUUUUAG